AGAAGACAUUUCAGGAACUCUUCACUGAGCCUUCUUGUUGGAGAAACCAUACCUCAACUGUGGACCCCUAGAACAUGCUAAAUAGAGUCAAGUUGGAACUUAAGGACCCUAUGGACUGGAAUACCAUGUACCAAGAGAAUGAGAUAUAUUCUGGAAUACACAACAUGACCAAUGGCUUGCCAAGCAACUCAUUCUUGCCAACGGAUGUUCCCACAGUAACAAGCAGCAUGACUUAUAUGAGUAAUGGCUUACCAGGGCCUGUUGCCAGUAUUCAGGGAAACCUAGGCUCUCUUGGCUCCAUGACCCAAGGAAUGGUGGGAUCUCUUGCUCCUCCACCUUCCACUUCUGCUUAUCCAUUGGGCUAUUGCCAAGGGGAGUCUGAAUUUCAGAGAGAUCCUCGUACCUAUCGUAGGAAUUACUCUCAUGCUAAGCCCCCAUACUCUUACAUCUCCCUUAUUACCAUGGCAAUACAGCAGGCACCCAACAAGAUGAUGACACUAAAUGAGAUCUACCAGUGGAUCGUAGACCUUUUCCCUUACUACAGGCAGAACCAGCAAAGAUGGCAGAACUCUAUACGCCAUUCACUAUCCUUUAACGACUGUUUUAUUAAAGUUCCACGCUCUCCAGAAAAGCCAGGUAAAGGCUCCUAUUGGACUCUGCACCCUAAAUCUGGUAAUAUGUUUGAGAACGGUUGUUACUUAAGAAGGCAGAAGAGAUUCAAGUGUGAAAGGAGCAAGUCUGGAGAAGGAGAAAGAAAAGGAAACAAGCCAGGAGAUGAAACUGGAGGGAGCUUAAAGGAGACUCCAGUUAGCUUUGAUGACUGUUCCUCUUCAAGAUCACCGCAAGCUGCAGUUAAUGAUGGGGGUAGGGACUCCACAGGAUCAAGUAUUCAUCAGGCUACUGGAGGUUCUCCAGUUGGCUUUAGCCCUACAUCUGAACAAGCAGGAACAGCAUCUCAACUCAUGUAUCCAUUAGGUCUCUCUAAUGAUGGCUACCUUGGCCUAGUUGGAGAAGAUGUCCAUUUGAAGCAUGAUCCUUUCUCUGGGAGACAUCCAUUUUCUAUCACACAACUAAUGUCUUCUGAACAGGACCAAACAUAUCCCAAUAAAAUGGAAAUGUGUCCAACCACAGACCACCUUGUCCACUACUCUAACUACAGCUCUGACUAUCACAACCUGGUCUCAAAAAAUGGACUAGACAUGCAGACAUCAUCAUCAUCCACCGAUAAUGGAUAUUAUGCCAACAUGUACUCCAGACCGAUCCUCAGCUCCCUUUAAACAUUUGUUUUUGUUAUGCUUCACAGACAUUUCUAAUUCCAAGUACAUGUCUAACUAAUCAAAGCAGCUCUAUUACCGACAAGCAGCUUCUUAAAAACCCCAAUUGUUUUUGAGACGCAGCGAUUACGAUUCUAAACCAGUACUUGGAAUAUCACUCAGUAACAAAAUCAUAAAUCUGUAUUUAUUUAUAAUGUUGAUUGUCUGACCUAAAGGCUUUAAAACAUUCAUAUAAUAUUAAGGAAUGUAUUAUAUCAACUUUAUGCUGUAUAUGUUGUAUAGGCAAGAUGCCUGUGUUGUAUAAUGCAUCACAUAUUGUAAAAAAUCAUUUGCAAAACAUUUAGAAAAGUAAUUUUCUUAUGUAUUUUGGGUUAAUAUACCAUAUAGAUACCAUAUAAUAUACAAUGGAGCAGACUUUUGCUAUGUUGUUUUAAAUAUGUAUAUAACUUUUCAUGUUUUCUCUAUGAUAUUUAACGUUCUAAAUGUUCUAAAUGUUCUAUUUUUGUGAGUUCUACAUGAAACCUGUUUUUUCUUAUGUUUGUGCUAUUCUUGAUAUUAAUAUAUAAAUUUGUGCAAUGAAAA